AUGGUUUCACUGUAUAGGCUAGAAGGCAAAGUGGCAAUGAUAACUGGGGGAGCAAGUGGCAUCGGGGAGUGGACUGCAAGACUUUUCUCGAAACAUGGAGCAAAAGUGGUGAUUGCCGAUAUCCAAGAUAACUUGGGACUCUCAGUUUGCAAAGACUUGGGUGCAAGCACGGAUAGUAUCUGCACCGCGUUCACUUCCAGCAAGAACGAAUUGAAGAAAGAUCAUUCGGAAUGCCGGUUUGGGUCCGGACUCUUCAGCCGAUUAUCAGUUAUAGGAGGCUUGGAUUGGGGGGUUGAGGUUUCAAGUGGAGUACCAAGGUUUUUUCGAGAAUCUUCAUUCUUUGUACAUUGUGACGUAACCAAUGAAAGCAAUGCAGAAAACGCAAUUAACACUGCCAUUUCCAAAUAUUGGAAGCUCGACAUCAUGUUCAACAAUGCCGGUGUGGUAGGCAUUGCCAAACAAAACAUCUUGGACAACACAAAAUCAGAGAACGUUCGAGCAAGUGAUAAGCAUAAACCUAGUAGUAGACCUGCAUCUCACGCAUACACGAGUUCAAAUCAUGGUGUCAUUGGGCUGCCGAGGAACACCGCAAUAGAGCUUGGUCGACAUGGCAUUCGUGUCAACUGUGUGUCGCCCUUCCUUGUUGCCACACCAUUGUCAAAGAAUUUCUUCAAGCUCAAUGAUGAAGGUAUCACUAGUGUUUAUUCUAACCUCAAAGGGGCAGCUCUUGAGCUAGAAGAUGGGGCACAAGCAGUCCUUUACUUGGUGAGUGACGAUUUCAAGUUUGUGAGUGGGCAUAAUCUCUUAGUUGAUGGAGACUUCACCAUUGUCAAUACUGUUUUCUCAAUGUUUAAGCAGUCUGCAUGA